AGGUAAUGAGUGAGGGUGCCGCCAUCUGAGGAGGAGUUAGAGUUGAUGGCCGUCUCCAACAGACGAAUGAUACGGCACACCUCCUGCAUCCAUUUUCAACAGCCGCAAUUCAUCGUCGAGACUUCAAGACCCGCGGCCCGCCGGCGAAGACCUGAUCUCCCAAGAACUCAGACUUCAUCAAGCAUAUAACGCGAGAGAAACCGUCCUUGCUGUAAACCAACUCGUCCGCUGCGCUGUUCCCCGGCAAUAUGGCUCAGGCGACAGAAGUUGUCUUCUUACCCCUCAAAGAGGGGAACGAUCCUCAGGGCCAGAAGUUGAAGGCUACAAUUGAAACCAUCCUCAAGCAAGGUGGACCAUUGCGCAUCUAUUCUGGUCCACAGGUCGAACAUCCUAAUGUUCACAAUUUGUUCAUCGACUGGACUAGCAUUGGCCAUCAUGAGAAGUUCAUUGCGUGGGACGGAUACAAAGCCUUCCUGGACGAUGCUGUGACUCAGUGCGAGAAACCACCCAGUCUUUAUCAUGUCCAUUUUGAACCGUUUCCGCCUUCUGCGGCUUUCUCUGAGGUGACUGAGUUUCUCAUGGUUUACUUCCCUGCCGACUAUUCGGCCGAGGACCAAAAGACGUUUCACGAAGGGAUGAAGAAAUUUGGGGCUACCGUCAAUCGUGAUUGGGAAGGAUGCAGGGGAACAGCAGGCGGUUGGGUUGCAGAAGAGCUCGAAGACCCUAAGACCUCGGAGAAGGCCAAAGUCUAUGUUUACCUCAUUGGGUGGGAAAGUGUCGAUUCGCACAUGAAGUACAGGGAUACCCAGUCCUUCAAAGACAAUAUCCAUCUCCUGAGGGGCGGAAAGGAUCUGAAGAAUUUGGCCAUGGUCCAUGUUGCAGCCAAAGAGUUCAAGGCGUGAAUAGACUUGAAGCCAAUGUGGCUGCGGUGUCGCUGUCAGGCCACCUCGAGAGUCAAACAAGACAUUGGUCAGUCUUUUAUAGGGGUCGAUAAUACUCACUCACUACGAUGGUGGCAGAAUCUGAGAUAGAUAUCAUUGUGGAAGGGUUGAUACAAGCGAGGCAGUCGAAAGGGCUUGGAGCCGAACAAUCACGCCAAGCCGGAUGCCCAAUUUGGGAAAUCCUGAUGUUGA